AAUAACUCACGAUGCUAUUUUGAACAUUUCACUUCGUUCCGACACAUUUCCUUCCCCGAACGUGAGUGACUUUUGUGAUGGCAAAGUUUUGGCCCCUCCGAAACGUGUCGCCGGGUGAGCCACUGAUCUCAUCCGCCUGGAAGCCGCGCGAGGAUUUACGCGCGGCGUGCGCAAUCCGUCGGCUCUUGCGUGACCCUCCGCUCGGAGUUUUUUGUGUGUGUGCGCGUUGUUGUGUGCGCGUUGCUUGUGUGAAUAGGCCGCUCGGGGAAGUGCUGUAAGAACGGAGGAGAUGGACACACACAGAGGCAGCGCUAAUUGACGCGUGCACUGGUUGGCGUGGCUCGUGCUGCCGUUGUCGUCGUCUCGGAGCGCUCGGGCUGAUGCGGCUGCCCGCUUCGCUGCGCCUUCGGCCCGUGGCUGCAGUCUGUGGAUGCAAGUGCUGUGGUGUCAGAGGACAUCAUCACCAUCAUGCAAGACAUCGGAAGUGAUGUUGGUGAGAUUUGGCCGGAAGUGAAGUCUGAAAAUUAUGCUGGCCUGGAAAACGAAGACAUCGGAGCUGAUGACGCCAGCGUUAGACCCAUCGAGGUCCCGGGCUUGCACACGACACCCAACCAAGGCUGGGCAGAGGUAGAGGUGGAACUGGAAGACACUAGCGAUGAAUCCGUGGAGAGGCAGCACCCGUGCAAGGACUGCGGGAAGGGCUUCUCCAGAACCACGUUGUUGAAGAAACAUCAGAGAACACACGUUAGGAAAACUCCCGAUUUGCCGACAGAGAGCAGCAAGGGCUGCGCAGACGAUUCUCAAGUCUCGAACGACGAUGAGACACCCUCCGACGAGUGGCCCCUGAUGGGCGUGGAAUUGGGCAAGCGCUUCAAGCGACUUGACGCUCUGACAAAGCACUUGCAAACGCAGACCCAGCGGAAACUAUCACCGAGCCAGGAGCACCGUGCCACGCGGCGGCCGGCGAAGAACAGCCCCGAGCCAGACGGGACGGCAGAUGACGUGGCCAAGUCUCGCCCGUGCAAGGCUUGCGGGAAGACAUUUUCCAGCAAAUCGCUUCUCAAGAGGCACCAGAGGAGGCACGCCUUCGAGAUGCCGCGCGUGUGCACGGAGUGCGGACGCGGGUUCGCGAGCGUCUCGCGCCUGCUCGUGCACCAGAGGACGCACUCGGAUGAGACGCCGUACGCCUGCGGAGAGUGCGAAGCGGCCUUCCCGCUCAAGAGCUUGCUCACCGAGCACAAGAGGGCGCACCUGGGAGAGCGGCCGUUCGUGUGCGAGGAGUGCGGCAAGGGCUUCUCGCACAACUGCAGCCUGAAGCAGCACGUGGUGAUCCACACGGGCGAGAGGCCCUACGUGUGCCCCGCGUGCGGGAAGGGCUUCGCCAAGGUGUCCAACCUGAGAAGGCACCAGCGGACGCACUCGGGGGAGAAGCCGUACGCCUGCGAGGACUGCGGAAAGACGUUUUCGCUCACGUCCACGUUGAAGAACCAUCAGCGGAUACACACGGGGGAGAGGCCGUACAUCUGCAGCCACUGCGGAAGGGGCUUCGCGCAGAUCUCCAGCCUCACUGUCCACCGGACUACGCACACCGGGGAGAAGUCGUACAUGUGCCGCGAGUGCGGCAAGGGCUUUUCCCAGCUCUCCACGCUGAAGCAGCACCACAGGACGCACACGGGAGAGCGGCCGUACAUUUGCGAGGUGUGCGGCAAGGGCUUCGCGAGCAUCUCCAACCUGAAAAACCACCAGCGGACACAUACGGGAGAAAAGCCGUAUUCGUGCGAGAAGUGCGGGAAACGAUUCUCGGACGUCUCAUCCCUGAAGCACCACAGGGUGACGCACACAGGAGAGAAACCGUACGUGUGCGACGACUGCGGUAGGGGCUUCGCGCAGAUCAGCAACCUCAAAGCGCACCAGAGGAUACACGCGGACCCCUUCAGCAAGAUGGCCUACAUGUUCGUCUGCAAAGACUGCGGUAAGCGGUUCGCCAAGAUCAGCCGGCUCAAGGACCACCGGCGGACGCACACCGGCGAGAAGCCGUACACCUGCGAAGACUGCGGGAAGGCGUUUUCGUUGGUCACCACGCUGAAGAACCAUCGCAGGAUACACACGGGCGAGAGGCCCUACGUUUGCCUCGAGUGCGGACGGGCGUUCGCGCAGAACUCCACCUUGAAGAACCACCAGAAGACGCACGGAGAGAAGUCGUACGUUUGUAGCGAGUGCGGCGAGCGAUUCACAAAGAUCUCUGUCAUGAACAAGCAUAUGAAAGCUCACACUGGCUAGAGGCUAUGGAAGAUGACGAUUGAACACGUGCAGAGACAGUGGCCCUCCUCUCGUUUGUUUCCGGUCGGCACGGUCUGUUCCAUUUCGAUGGGUUUUUCAUCGUUUACAGAAAGUGUGAGGUUUGGUUGAAAUGCUCUUUCUGCUAUCAUGACACCCGGUUCACAAGACUAGGCAUUUGAAAAGAUGUGAUCUUUGUUCCUGCUGUUCUUUGAACAUUUAAUAAUAUAAAACAUCCCAAGCGUUUUUUUACGGAGAAUUCCUUUAUUCAAUGUAAUCUUUAUCCCCAUAACCUGUUUACAGAAGUAUAACACAUGAGUAUGUGUUGCAUAGCUUGAAAAUUAUUCCUUGUCUAAAGUAUAAGUGCUUUAUAACAAGUGGAUUGAUUUAAUUUUUUCUGAAGAUGUAACAAGAGCACUCAAAUCAACAAGUAUUUUUACCUAACUAUUUAGUGCAAAAACUUUUAACGUUGAUUUAAAAAAAAACUAUUUUCAAGAUGGUGACGACAGUUUUAUAGGUCACUAUUUUUCGUGGGGGUAGAAAUCCCCGUGUUGGUAAGUCACAAGAGAGCAUGCGUUGUCACCAGUACUGCUCUUAGAACCGCUGUGUACUGCUCAACCAUGUGUCGCACAUUUCUAAAGUAUUGUACAGUAUUUUGUUCCGUUAAUUAAUGACGCAUGUGACAAUGCAUCUAUUCGUCAAUUAAAAUGGAUUAAGCACGUGAAACAGAGUCGAUUCUUAAGCGCGCUAAACAUACACAGUGGGUCAAUGUCAUGUGAUUAAUGAUUUAUGAAAAACAGGUUUACUGUGAUUAAUGAUGGGUGCAAUACAAGUUAUAACAUUGGGAGCUGCCAUGGUGAAAUGGCGAGCGCACCUUGGACUUGACAUCAAGAGGUCACAAGGUCAAAUCCAUCGUAGCAAAUUGAUCAAUGGGGCAAGUUUCACGUGUGGCGAGUUAAAUUGCGGGUACUCGCAACUUUGAAUAGGCCAAAAAUACCAACCUAGUAAACAUGGGUUAUCUCAUCAAAUCUCGGGAGCUAUGAACUUUGAGCCUAGAUAGUGAGUGGGUUGACCGC